UACGGUUCUGUACAUCCAUCGAGCUCGUGCGAGCUUUCCAGUCUUCGAACACGCGCGAACAAGUAAACUUCGAAUUCGAAUCGAAUCAAAGAUAACAUAUUAUAACGUCUCGUUUUCAUGAUGACGUAAUUUUCAUUGUGAUUUUUUUUCAAGUGAAAAACGUGAAAUUUUAACAUGUAGAUUAUAAAUAUAUAUAUAUAUAAGCAAUUAUAAAAUAUAAAGUUAUAUUAUAAAAUAUAUUUUAAUAUCGAUUAGUAUCGUUCUUCUUAUUAUUAUGGAAACUAGGAAGCUAAUGUUGUCCAGAGCUUUCGUGUGCUGCACGAAUGUUAUUUUUUUGAUAUCAGGAUUUAUUCUGAUGUCAUUGGGAGCAUUGUUAUUAGCCGACAAUGAAAGAAUUUUGUUGUCACGUUUGUUAGGAUCCAAUGAUAUUGAACCUGAUCAACCGUUAUUCUAUUAUUUAGCUUUUGCCACCGCUGGCUUAGGAUUUUUUAUAGCGAUGACUGGUAUCUUUGGAUGUUGGGCGGUUUGUCUUUUCAAUCAAUGUAUUACAAUAUCGUAUAUAGUGACAAUAAUGUUAUUACUACUUGGCGAAUGUACCAUAUGCAUUGUCACUGUAUUCUGGCCCUACUUAUUGGGAAUCGAUGUUAGACCGGCACGAUUGAUAAGGGCACUUCAACGUAGUUACGCAGUUCCAGGACGAGAACAAUUCACGGCAGCUCUUGACCUAGCACAAACCACGUUUUCUUGUUGCGGCAUAAAUGGAAGUAAUAAUUACGGUACUUCGUGGUGGAGGCUGCAGGAAGUUGGUCGAAGAGAAUUGGUGGUACCUCUUAGUUGUUGCACCCUGGAUAAUGUUAAUGAGACAGACUCUUUCCUUAAUCCUGAACCUACUAAUCUCACUUUCUGUCAGGCUCUCAAUCCCGCAGAACAUCAAUACGCCCGCCACACGACGGGAUGUCUGGAAAUGAUUGAAAGAUGGACGCAAGAGCAAGCGUUAAUCUUACUAGCCAUCGGUUUGUCGAUUAUCUUCGUCGAGGUCAGCGUCCUUUUAAGUACCUUUUUCGCAUGCUCGAAAAAUAACAAAAGAAAGAAAUCGCAAACGUCAACUUUUACUUCCACGCAAACUCUGAGUCCCUUCAAUGAAAACGAUAACGAUUAUGGAUUAGGAAUAGAAAACAGAAUGCAUAUGUCUGGUACGACGUUCGGAGCCAAAUCAUGAAGAUGGUCAGAGGGCAGCGAGAAGUUGGAAGAAAGAAAAGUGAUAGAGCACGAAUACGAUAAAUCAAUGAGGCAUAAUGGAAGAAGUAUAAUCGAGGAUUGGAAAGAUUCUCCGAAAUAUGAUGAGAAUGUUCUUAGGAAUGAUCAACUUUAUGAGGAACGAGCUGUUGACGUAAUCAUGGAUUAUCAUCAUCAUCAUCAUCAACAUAAUCAUCAAAAUAAUCAUCAACAAGUAGAAAAUGUUCCCUCGAAAUGCAACAAACAAAUAGUAUCUUCUUUACUAAAAAUCGAGAUUCCGAAGGAGAAUAGAGAGAAUAAACAGAGUGUGAUAAAAAUCAAACGACCACAAGGUGGUGGGACUGUCAGAAGUAUUCCAAUUAAAGAUUAUCAAUCGUCAAUAGCACAGAAUAUAGGAACGUUAAGAAGAUCAAUGGCUCCGCAAUUGCAAUUUGAAUCUUUAGUUUCCGAACCUGAAAAGAAUAUUUCAAUGAUUCCUUCAAAAAAGAGAAUAUCUAUUAUUAAUCAAAAUACCUCGAAUAUACAACAACGCUUGGUGCUUCCAUUAGAGUCUGACAAAUCGAAUAAUCCUUGCCACGAAAUUUCAAAAUGUCUUGACACUUUGACGAGAAAAGAGGAUAAUGUCAAUAAUGGAAAGUCCAUGGAAAGCAUUCAUAAAGGGAGCGUUUGCGAUUUUGACGACGCGGCCAAUUACUUUCGCAGAUCGUAUAGAAAAAGGUUAAGCUCAAAUUGUCGCAGAACACAAGAUGGUGAAGGCAAUAAGGAGUUUGUACGUACGCGUGGUCACGUUGGUCAGAAAAUAUACGUUUACGAGGAGAAUGCUCGUCGUAGUGAAAGGAAUUUCGAUUCUAUUCUCGAACCGAGAAAACAUCGAACUAUCGGUGUACCUUUGGUUGGAAUGCAUAAUGCUUGUGGAUUACCUGUCAUUGCGUCUUGGAAUGAUAGUGAGAUUUUUCAACCUCUUCAAACAAAUACUGCGAUGUUAGGAACAUUAGCUCCCGUUUUAGGAGGAUCUAGAGUAUCUUCCAAUAUUCGAAAAAAAACAUAUCCCAAAAGAAGAGCUCCUGAUCCAAAUCGAUGUAAUGAGACGCUAACUCGAAUCGUUAAACGCAACGAUUCUAAAAGAUCGUCUAUAAAAGGUGCUGAUGAAAACAAUACAAGGAGAAAAAAGAAUCGUUUAUCUUUCAAAGCAAUAAAUCACCCGAAUCUAUCCUCGAAAAAUUCUUUCAAACGAACUGUCCGAGGUGGAAAAUAUACGCUUGGUAAAACAUCUUUAACGAAUACUUUGGAUAAAAAAUUUUUCAAAGGAAAUACGAAAAGAAGAGCCCUGUAUGCCAAAGAUGAUGGUGAUGAGGCUGUACAGGCCCUUAAAAAUUUGUGCUUGAAUCCUUUAGCGAGAAAUGAAUCUCAGGAAGAAAUGAUGUGGUGAUCCAAAAUGUUACUUAUUGCGAAGGAAAGGAUGUGAUUUAUCUUUUGUUUUUUCGUUUGUAUAUAGGUGAUCGAUAUAAAUUGUUUGUCGAUCUAAAAAUUUUGUAAUCAAUGAAAAUCCUUGCUGCCCUCAUUGAUAAAUUAAUCAUGUGUUUAGUUUAACUCGUUUUAUUUAUUUUAAUUAAAAAUAUGAUUUCAAUGUAACGUGCUUGUUCAGAAUUUUAGAAAUAAUUAAUAUAUAUGUGGGAUGCGAGCGCCUCCAUGCCAAAUACUUAAAUAGGCAUUCGUGAAGAGAUUGGACGGUGGGCCCUGAAUAGCCCAAUGGAUAAAGAGCAGUCACCCGGAAAGCGGAAGAUCCAAGUCAAUCCAACGGCCCAAUUUUUUUCACGAAUCCUACAUAUAUAUAUAUAUCUGCUCGUUACUGAUUAUAUAAAAUACCAAAGGUUAUCGUUCUAUUGUUAUGAUCUUACAGAAUCAGCAUUAUUUAAUAUGACUUAGUAGGUAUUAAAAUGUUAUUUUCAUUAUACAAAAAAAUAUUAUUCAACGAUAAAUUAUAUUUAUAAUGACUCUUAUAAAGUGACUAUUAGUUAGAUAUUACUUGUGAUAGAAUACCUACAACAAAAAAUAUGAUAAACAAAUAUUAUAAAUCAUAUUAU